AUGGUUCUUCAGCCGCAGAUAUGUGUGCAUGCAGCCAAGCGAACUCGGCAAUAUUUGACAACGGAACAUUCAACAACAAGCACCUGGCAUGAGACGUUGACCAUCCUCUCAAGGCAUAUGGAUCAUUUUAAGGCGCAAGGAACUCACGAUGCUAGCCUCCACAUUCGCCAGUUCCUGGAGGCAUCGCAGACUGGUCACGGAAUUGAAAGGCCAGAUGAGAGAUCUCCUGCAGCAAGGCUAUGCGCUGAGACCCUAGCACUUUUUGCCGAAGCCGUCAGGACUCUGUCAAAGGGAGAAAAUCGCGGUAUCUCGAAUUCGAAUCGGAUCAGCCUCGAGCGAAGCUUCGGGAGAUUGAAACUGUGGUCAGAUGGCCAUGGCAUAGCUCGUGGUGACGUCGAUAAGACUUUUGAGGGAUCACGGAAAUUACGCCAGGCUUCCCUAAAAAUCCUUGGAAGUAUCGGUGUUACAUUAACAGAACGACUUGUACCGCAACUGAUUGACGGAUCUACUGUAGUGGACCAUACAAAACUUAUCCUUCUAGUGCCUGAAGUGAAGCUCCUUCUAGGAGCCAUCGAGGACGAAGAUGGCGACUCGAGCUCCAGUGAUGAUAUAUCAAAUCUUGGCGACGAUAGCAUCCGCGAGAUCUUGGAGGAUCUUCACACUGAUACGAUAUGCUUGAUGGAGCUUGAGCCGCUUCUCAAAAACCCCAUCCUCGAUUUUAUUAGAGAACCCGAUAACCUGGCAACAGAUGGUGUUACGACGGCGUGGCUCCCGCAUAAGACUUUCUGCAAGGCUAACUACGAGAGAUAUAUCAGGUGCCAACAACAACGCGAUGCGCAACUGAACAACAAUGUUUCAAACUUGCCCAUGGCUAGUGGAGGUACUAUUGAUGGUUCAGAAUUCAAUGAUUCUGGCAUUGGCUCGUCACUACCAAUGACAUCAUCGUAUGCGGAAACAGUGAUGUCUUACGGCGACGGGAAAGAUCGCUCUACUCGAAUUCCUCCCUUGCCGACAGAAGGUAGAAAAGGUAAGCCAUUUGAGUGUAUUGCGUGUGGAAGAUCAGUUCGCAUCAUGAACAACUCGGCCUGGAAACUGCAUCUGUAUGGGGAUCUGCAACCGUGGGUGUGCCUCGACGCGUCUUGUGUUCGUGGAGAGACUACGUAUGGGAAUCGAAACGAUUGGAUCUCCCAUCUUGUCCUUGGUCAUGGCUUGGGACCUGCGUGGGAAUCGUUGGACUGCCCGCUGUGCCAUGCCGUUAUCGAACCGGGCAAAACCUCCAUUACCAAACAUCUCGGUGGACAUCUUGAAGAAAUUUCACUGGGCGCUCUUCCUUCCGGGACUAAUUAUGAAAGCGAAGUCGAGGAGGACAUUUUGGAAGCCAGGCGGAAAAUCUCGGCUUUCAUACAAACCUUAGAUCAGGUACCCUCGGCGGAGGAUAUAGAACGGAUCACACUGGACAUUAAUAAUCGAAUCGAAUCCCAGGAGGACAUUUUGGAAGCCACUCAGGAAAUCUGGGCUAUGUUACAAAAGAGCAGAGAUCAGUUAAGUUCGGCGGAGGAUAUGGGACGGAUCAUAUUGGGCGCUCUUCCUUCCGGGUUUGAUAAUCAAAGCGAAGCCAGGGAACUCCUUUCGGAAGCCAGCCGGAAACUAUCGGCUAUAGAAAAAACUUGCAAAGAUCAAUACGUGCUCAAAUGUGCGUGCGGUGUUGCAGAUGAUGAUGGUAACACAAUAUACUGCGAAAACUGCGAUACUUGGCAACACAUCGCCUGCUACUAUCUUGAUACGGACAUGCAGGAAGUCCUUUCGGAGCAUUUCGAUCACUCGUGUGUUGACUGCAAGCCUCGACCAAUCGAUCGCCAAAGAGCACGCAGCAUACAACAACGGGUGAAACAAGAGCGGGACGCUUUCCAUCGAGAGCGAGACACUGUCCACGAGGACAAAAUCAAGGAUAAAGGCUCAAGGAAGUUCGCAUACCUACCCACUCCCCACAGCUCUCGUGAAAGUAGGGCAGCGAGGCAUCGAGCAAGCGGUAGCAAUGCCGGGGAGCCUGAUAGCGCUGUCGAUGACGAUGAGCCUCGCUACUGCGACUGCAAUGGAACCUCAUAUGGCGAAAUGAUAGCCUGCGAUGCUGAUGACUGUCAGAAGGAGUGGUUCCAUAUUGGCUGUGUUGGGCUGACGUCGGUGCCAAGUGCCAACGGUAUGUGA